AUGGCGUACAGCAUAGAAUCUGUGCCAGAGGUUAUGAAGGGUGUAGACCUAAAGAGAUACAUGGGUCGUUGGUACGAGAUUGCGUCUUUUCCUUCCUUUUUUCAGCCUGCAAAUGGCGUGAACACUAGAGCCACCUACACUCUAAACAAUGAUGGAACUGUUCAUGUUCUCAAUGAGACAUGGAAUGAUGGGAAAAGAAACUCCAUUGAAGGAACUGCUUAUAAGGCUGACCCUAAUAGCGAUGAAGCCAAACUCAAGGUCAAAUUCACUGUUCCUCCAUUCUUGCCAAUCAUCCCUGUCCUUGGAAAUUACUGGAUUUUGUACCUUGAUCCAUAUUAUCACUAUGCUCUCAUUGGUGAACCUACUAGGGCAUUUCUUUGGAUACUAUGCAGAGAGAAUCAUUUGAAUGAUGAAAUCUAUAACCAAGUUGUUCAGAAAGCUGUUCUUCAAGGGUAUGAUGUGAGCAAAUUGCACAAGACUCCUCAGAGUAAUCCUCCACCUCAGUGA